AUGGCAGAUGCUGAGCAGAAGAAGACCUUCUCAAUGGGCAUAGAUUUGGGGACUACAUAUUCGUGCGUGGGAAUUUUCAAAGAUGGUGAGGUACAGAUUAUUGCCAAUGAUCAAGGCAAUCGAACGACUCCAUCUUAUGUGGCAUGGACAGAGAAUGAACGACUUCUUGGUGAUGCCGCCAAGAACCAGGUUGCGAGCAAUCCUACGAACACGGUGUUUGACGCAAAGCGCCUCAUCGGACGCAAGUUCCAGGACCCGGUCGUGCAGGCUGAUCUGAAACUUUGGCCUUUCAAGGUUGUGUCCGAUGGCUCCGCGGAUGACAAGCCCUUGAUUGAGGUGCUGUACCAGGGGGUUUCCAAAACUUUUCACCCGGAGGAGAUUUCGUCCAUGAUUCUCACAAAAAUGAAGCAGACGGCGGAGGCCUUCCUUGGUCAGCGUGUUCGAAAUGCGGUGAUUACGGUGCCCGCCUACUUCAAUGAUUCCCAGAGGCAAGCAACCAAAGAUGCCGGGGAAAUUGCUGGGCUGAACGUGUUGCGGAUCGUUAACGAGCCCACGGCGGCAGCAAUCGCGUAUGGUUUGGAUGCGAAGUCGAAGGAAAAAAAGACUGGUGGAGUCAAAGAGACCAAUAUCCUCGUUUUCGACAUGGGCGGUGGAACGUUUGAUGUCUCCAUUCUGACAAUUACAGACACUGUCUUUGAAGUGAAAGCCACGGCUGGAGAUCCUCACCUGGGUGGCGAGGACUUCGACAACCGCAUGCUGAGCUACUGCAUUGCAGAGUUCCGCCGCAAGCACAAAUCCGAUCCAACCAGGAAUCAGCGAGCACUUCGUCGACUUCGGACCCAGUGCGAGCGUGCAAAGCGGCAGCUGUCCACGCAGACAUCCGUGACCAUAGAGAUUGACUCUUUGCACGAGGGCAACGACUUCAGUAUGCGGCUCUCCCGUGCAAAGUUCGAGGAGCUCUGCAUGGACUACUUCAAGAAGGCCAUGGAGCCGGUUUCGCAGUGCCUGGCAGAUAGCAGCUUGCCAAAGUCACAGAUCUCUGAUGUGGUCCUGGUGGGCGGAUCCACGCGUAUUCCCAAAGUCCAAGAGCUGAUUAGCUCCUUCUUCAACGGCAAGCAUCUUUGUAAGGAGAUCAAUCCGGAUGAGGCAGUGGCAUAUGGAGCGGCCGUUCAAGCGGCCAUCGUCUCUGGCACGGGCACGGAGGAGGUCGAGAACAUGCUUCUCUUAGAUGUGGCGCCGCUUUCUUUGGGCAUUGAGAUGGCGGGCGGCAUGAUGCAGAAGCUCAUCGAGCGAAACAGCACCAUUCCGACCAACAAGAGCCAGGACUUCACAACUGCAGAAGACUACCAGGACCACGUGGAGAUCAAGGUCUAUGAGGGUGAGCGAGCUAUGGUCAAAGACAACAAUUACCUUGGCAAGUUCGUCCUCACUGGCAUUCCGAAGACGCUAAGGGGCGUCCCCAAGAUCAAGGUCACCUUUAAUGUGGACUCAAAUGGAAUCCUCGAAGUGACCGCAGAGGACAUGAAGACUCACAGGAAAGGAGAGAUCCAGAUCACCAAUGAGAAGGGUCGCCUGUCUCAGAGAGAGAUUGAGCGCAUGCUGCAGGAUGCGGAGCAGCAUAAGGAUGAAGAUGAUCUGGCAAGAGGCGAGAUCAUGGCCAGAGAGUCCUUGACGGUGUACAUGCGGCGGACGAGGAAGGCCAUGGAAGACAUAGACUCUGACAAGAUUCUUCGACGAGAUCGUGAGCGUCUUGAGAAGAAAAUGGAAGAGGUCGACAUUUGGCUAGACGAAUUUUCCAUGAAGGCAACGAAGGAGGAGUUCGAAGCCAAGCAGCGGGAGCUUGAAGCUGCCAUGAACACCAUCAUGUUGAAAAUCAACAGGACCGUUCGGUCGGUGGCGUGA